UCCAGAGAGAGAGAGAGAGAGUCAUGGGGACCCAUCCACCGCCCAUAAGCACGCAGUCUUUCUGCAAUCAAAUCUAGUUUGGAUCUGUUCUUCUCCUCAAUCUAACCCUAACCCAACACUGCAUCUUCUCCCAAAAUAAGAGAACAAGCUUCAACCUUUUUCUCUUGUUUUUCUUUCUUUCUUUCCUCUUCAACGGAAACUCCAAUUUACACCGCUUUCCCAUUGAAAACCCCACCAAUUGAACGUUUUUAGAGGCAAGUUGAGGUAGUACAAGUCAAAUUAAUCUCAAUCACAACUUAAUUGGUGACCUGGCCUAGCACCAAUUUCAAUCUCCUAUUUCCCUUUCCAUCGUCAGUUUCAACCUGGAACUUGUCACUACUCACUACAAAGUUGGAUUCAUCAAAUUAACAAGAUCGAUCUUCCAGAAAAAGCCAAGCCAGCAUCAAGAAGAGAGAGUGCUCACUGUCACUGGUCAAAUAUAACAAAUCAUAUUACAGCAAUGGAUCCAAUCUCGGCACAUGGUCAUUCCCUCCCCCCUCCUUUUCACACAAGAGAUCUCCAUCUGCAUCACCAGCAACAACAACACCAGUUCCAAAGCUUAAACCAAGCCACCGAGGACGAGAACAGCGGCAGCAGCGGCGCGCAGAAAAGGGAACGCGAAGAAAAUAGCAACAACAACGAAGGUGCAGGUGAGGCUGAGAUAACAAGAAGACCUCGAGGAAGACCAGCAGGGUCCAAGAACAAGCCCAAGCCACCUAUUAUCAUCACCCGCGACAGCGCCAACGCCAUGAGAACCCACAUGAUGGAGGUGGCAGACGGAUGCGACAUCGUGGAAAGCGUGUCUGAGUUUGCCAGGAAGCGCCAGAGAGGGGUUUGCAUCAUGAGUGGCACUGGAACGGUCAACAAUGUGACCCUCAGGCAACCGGCUUCGUCCGGUUCGGUUGUGACUCUUCACGGAAGGUUCGAGAUCUUGUCCCUUUCGGGAUCGUUCCUUCCACCACCUGCGCCGCCGGCUGCAUCAGGUUUAACCAUUUAUUUGGCCGGUGGCCAGGGACAAGUGGUGGGAGGAAGUGUUGUUGGAACACUGGUUGCUUCAGGACCCGUGGUGAUCAUGGCCGCUUCGUUUAGCAACGCUGCUUAUGAGAGGCUUCCUUUGGAGGACGAGGAUCCUUCGCUGCAAAUGCAAGGAGGUUCUAUUGGGUCACCCGGUGCAAGUGGUGUUGGUCAGUCACAGCUUCUAGGAGGGGAUGCAACUGCUCCACUUUUCCAUGGUUUGCCUCCUAACCUUCUCAAUUCUGUUCAAAUGCCAUCUGAGCCAUUCUGGGCGGCAUCUGCUCGCCCGCCUUUCUGAUUAGAGGAUCUGAUUCAAUAAAUUCUUGUGAUUUUAUUGACCAAUUUGACUGCGGAGCUCAUUCAAAUGUGCUGAAAAGAGGUGAUAUGAGAAAGUUAUAUGUUGUUUUCAUAAGUUCAAAUAAACUCUUCCAAUUGUCCCAUCAGUGUCACCAUAAGUACUUCUACAUUGCUGCUGUUCUCUUCACUACUCUUAUAGUUUUCUGUUAGCUUUUGUGAUGGUGGUGGUGGGGGACAUGGCAAGACAUUCAUUAAGUUAGGGGUGUUGAAAGUAGGAAUGGAGGUUUCUUAAUUGCUUCUAUAAUUUGUGUGUCAUUUUGAUUAUUAGGUGAUGAUAUAAAAUGUUUUCUUUUACAUUUACUCGAGACUGUAAUUAAACUGAUGAACUUUUAUAUCCUUGGUGAGUUUGAUUAAUUCUGUUGAUGGCAA